UUUUCCCUCGCACCGCGCCUCCCCUAAAGUGCUCUGGCGCCCCCCUGGGGAGGCGCGCCUCACACUUUGAAAACCGCCGAUUUAGUUGAAUCCAUUGAUCACGUAUCCGAACCAAAGAAUCGAAACUUAAAAAUAUAAACUACUGAAUAGAGGUGGAUCUUUUAAGAAACUGUGGGAGUAUGGCAUCGCAGUACGCAGCUUGACGAUCUUUACCUAUAUCGUUUCUUUUGUUGCUGCGUCAUUGCAAUGGAUAUUGGGAAUGCCGUUACUUAUUUAUACGCCUAUGCCCAGAAACAUGGCAUGGUUUUACAGUUUAAGGACCUUGGCGAUGUAGGCCCUGAUCAUAUGAAAGUAUUCACUCAGAGAGUUGUCCUGGGUGGCGAGGCUUUCCCCUGUGGUGAGGGUAUCAGCAAGAAGAUUGCCAAACUGGUUGCAGCCCAAAAAGCUCUGGAAUGUCUGCAGAAGGACCAGGAUAAGAACACAGUUGGAGAUUCACCAGGUCAGCAAAACCAGGUGUUAGACAAAAAUGUAGGUGACAUCAGUGCAAAGACAAAAAACCUGACCAACUUCAUUGGAAUAAUCGAUCAGUACUGUCAGAAGACACAACGGUGUGAUACUUAUAUAGAAGAACGUAGAAGUGGACCUCCUCAUAACCCACAAUUUUUCUACAAAUUAAAAAUUGAUGCAAAGACAUACCCUGUUGCUGAGGGUAAGAACGCCAUGGAAGCCAAACAGAAUGCAGCAAAGCUGGCCUGGGCUGUACUUCAGGAGCAGUCAGACUAUGACAGCAAGAUAUCUGUCAGAUCAACGUCAUCUGAAGAUGGGGCAGCAGCAUCAUCAUCAUCACCGUCAGAUGCACUUGCAAAGACAAACAGCCUGAGUAUAAACGCAGAAGUCAGCAGCUGUAUGGAGACAAACUUCAUUGGUAUAAUCAACCUCUACUGUCAGAAGACAAACUGCGUGGCUACAUAUAUAGAAGAAGGAAGAACUGGGCCUCCUCACAACCUUCAAUUUUUCUACAAAUUAAAAAUUGACUCGAAGGUGUACCCUGUUGCUGAGGGCAAAAGCACCAAGGAAGCCAAACAGAAUGCAGCAAAGCUGGCCUGGUCUGUACUUCAGGAGCAGUCAGACUAUGACAGCAAGAUAUCUGUCAGAUCAACGUCAUCUGAAGAUGGAGCAGCAGCAUCAUCAUCAUCACCGUCAGAUGCACUAGACUCACAUGAGUCAUCAUCACACAACAUGGAAACAAGUUCAAGUGACUCAAUAAUAUUUGCUGAUUCCUCAAACCCCUCCAAUGUCCAGAUGUCCAGAGAAACUGGAUCUGAAGAAAAUGCACCAUCACCACUGUCACAAGAUUCUGCUGAGCCGUCACGGGGCGAGAUGACAGGUUCAUCAGAUCCUGCGGAUUCUUCAGACCAGAAUGACGUGGAAAACCAGAAAAUCACAAACCCAAGUAACCCAUCAGUGCAGUCAAGUUUCACAUCAGAUUUUGAGAUCCUUGAAUAUCUUGGCGGAGGAGGUUUCGGUUGCGUUUUUAUGGUGAAGAAAAAACUGUUGGGCCUGGAUUAUGCAGUGAAGAUUGUUCCUGGAACACAAAAAGCUUUGCGAGAGGUGACGGUGUUAUCAGAUCUUCAACAUGAAAAUAUUGUCAGAUACUACAACUGUUGGAUGGAGGAAUCAAAAGUGCAACAAGAGAAAGUCCAAAAGAAACUAAAAGAUGUCCCGUGUGAAAAGUACCUCUUUAUUGAACUGGAAUUAUGUAACUCUGCAACCCUCCGAAAAUGGAUUGAUGAGAAGAAUAAAGAGGAACUACCACACUCCCAGAGAGGAGCAGACAGUCUUCCAGUUGCACUCCAGAUAGUUAGUGGAGUCGAAUAUAUUCACUCCAACAAUUUCAUUCACAGAGACCUUAAGCCUUCAAACAUAAUGUUUGGAAAAAAUGGAAAAGUGAAAAUUGGGGACUUUGGUCUUGUCACUAUCGACGGAAGUGAAAUCUUGAUCGACAGAACAGAAGGACCAGGAACUAGAACCUACAUGGCUCCAGAACAAUGGAGUAAAAAAUAUGGUUAUAAGGUGGACAUGUUUGCUCUGGGAUUGAUCUUAUUUGAACUCCUUUGGAAAAUCUCAACUGGCCACGAAAGAGCAAAGAUUUGGGAAAAUGCAAGAAAUAACAAGCUUCCCAAAGAGUUUUCACAGGCAUUUCCUUUUGAGUGUCGAAUAAUCAAAUCUUUGCUGUCUGAGAACCCAGAUGAUCGACCUAAAGCAAGACAAGUGAAGGAACAACUGGAGGAAGCAAACCAACACCUGGAUCAACACAGUGUGUGAAUGUCAAAAGAAUGAGAGUUUGGUUAUAUAGAAGGAGGAAAUACUUUAUUUUCACAUGAUCUGUGGAGAAAGUUGUCAACAUGCAGCACUUUGGAGGAAUUUUUAACUUUGCACAAAAAAAAAAGAUUUAUGUUUCUUGCAAUAAUUACAACUCAAAUAAUCAUGCUUGUUCUAAAAAACAUUUGGGUCAUUUUAGUAGCUGGUUUCCUUAUUCUUCUCUAGAAAUAGAGCAUCUUUAUAAAAUCUAUGGGACAACUGGGAGGAAAAACUAAAGGUGGACUUGUUGGGUUGCCAGAAAUCAAGCUGCAUUUUUUAUUAAACUGUUACCCCUCUGAAAGUCAAUUAACUUCAGCAACAUGACGCACUUUGAUGUACAGAAAGUUAAACAAUCAUUGAGACGAUGCUCUUGUUUUUAAACAAUGUACAAAAUGCAUGCAAUGAAAAAUUUGUAAUCCUUGGAAAUUUUAGACUUUGUUAAGAUUUUUUGAUUUUAAAUUUUAUUAAUAAACCAUUUUUUUCUGUUAAUGAAUUAAGUCAAAAUCUACAGUGUUUUGCAGUUUUGUUGUUUAGUACAAGACUCUGCAAACCCACACAAGGUUUAGAACCAUAUUCAAUAAACAAAGUAUAAUAUUAAAUCUUGAGAAAAUAUUAACAGCUAAAUGGACAAUAUUUGGGAAAAAAGAUAGGGGGUGCAUAUAUAUUAGAAGGCUAAUAAUUUGCUUUGCCAAAAAAAAAAAGCAUCCCAAAGCUAACAUGAAGAAAUAAAGAGCUAAGAGUGGAAUAACCUUUUCUACAUAAUCACACUUAUCCUCUAAGCUACUGGUAUGAGUUUCAUAUCAAUAGGACAAUAUUUGGGGAAAAUACCAAUAUUUUUCCCAAAUAUUUGCAUGUAUACUGGCCAUGCAAAUAUUGGCAGGCUAAUAAUUUUCUUUGCCAAAUAAUGCAUCCCCCUGCUAACUUAGAGAAAUAAAAAACUAAAAGGGAUUUCACCUUUUCUGUAUAAUCACACUUAUUCUAUGAGCUACUGGUAAAAGUUUUAUAUCAAUGGGACAAUAGACGUUGGAUGCAGAUAUUGACGGGCUCAGAAAUUAAAAUCCAUCUCUUAUAUUAAUAGACUGGACAGUUAGGGGUGAUAUCAAAUUUUCUACAUAAUGGGCCUCUGUUUUGUCAUGCGUUAAGUUAUUAUGGUGUUAAAAGAAAAAGCAGGAAACUGCAAACCAUUAGUGGAGAACAUAUUCAUCAGACACUGACUGUAAAAUGUUCAACUCAUAUGUCUCAAUAAAGGUGUCAAAACCGUAUUUUUUUUUCAAUCCAUGUAAACCCUAAAAUUCACCGUUUUAGGACUUACAUGGUUAAGAAACAUAAUAAUGUUACAAAUGUCUUUAAAAAUUGUCUCUUUGGUCAUAUUUCUACGGAUCCCUCAAGGAGACGUGGGAGAAAAUGUUUCUUUUGCGUUACCCUGCAAUACUUUUGCGUUACCUCAUAAUAUGCUUACUGCAAUAUUUGCUGGUCUAUUUUGUGUACAGCCACAAAUGUCAAUUUAAAAUUUCAAAUGUAUUUAAAGAGUUUCAGUGUUUAUUCUUAACUCUUAGGUGCAAAAAAAAAAUGAUUGAAAAUCUAUUUAUUCACUGCAUAUCUGUUUGUGAAAGGUUGUGAUGAAACUGCACAUGAAAACAUCCCUUUACUUGCUUAUGCCUUGGGCAGGCCCUGGUCAGAUGACUUAUUACCCCGCGAUAGUAAAUAGUUCAAAUAGUUUGGAUGCCUUUUUCUUCUUUCCUACUUACAGAAAGUUUCUGUUUAGGUUUGUGGUGCAUUUCUGUCCUACAGAAAAAUAUAUAAAACUUCAGAUAUUUCACAAUGACAUAUUAAAAUACAUGGAAAACCUCACGAAAGCCUUGUAUAAAAGCAGAAAGUUUGAUGGCCAUGUAAGAAAGGGUUACAGUAUUAAAUUAUGCCACAUGAACUAAUCAGUACAUCAUUUCGAGAGAAUGUGAAAGUAUUCAGAGGGAACGCAAUACUUUUGGGAGGUAACACAAAGAAAAAAAAAUCCCCAUGUCCUUAAGGGGCUCUGUAGCUUUCGGGUUGAUUUACAGUUUUUUUUUAGUUUGUUAAAGAUUUGUGGAGCAUAGAAACUGAGUCCUGCCAAAAGUUAACAUUUCUGCUUAUCUCACCGUGAAUUCACCAUAGAUAACCACAGUGAAACGAUGGCAGCAACAUGCUGUGGGAGUCCUUUAUUACAUUAAAGAUUUGCUGCUGUUGUAUCAACCUUCCAGACUUCUCAGGUCUUCUGGUUCUGGUCUGCUCUGCAUCCCCAGAACCAGAACCAAACGAGGAGAAGCAGCAUUCAGCAUCUAUGCACCAAAAAUCUGGAACAAACUUUCAGAAAACUGUAAAACAGCUGAAACACUGACUUCCUUUAAAUCUCAACUAAAAACCCACUUGUUUAGAGUUGUAUUCGAAACGUAAUCAAUUGCAAAUUUAUUGACGGAAUCUGACUAUGUUGUGUUUUUCUUGUUGAUUCUAUGUUGCAUUGUAUCUUUGUGUUUGAUUUGAUGUAAAGCACUUUGAAAUGCCUUGAUGCUGAAAUGUGCUAUACAAAUAAAGUUUGAUUGAUUGAUUAGGAAGAAGGGAAUUUUAGAAGAAAACCUGAGAGGUUGCAAAAGGCUUCAGAUUGAGCUGGAGGUUCAACGGCCCUAAACAUUCAACCUCAGUUACAGUAGGUGAAGAUCAAAGCACAUUCAUGUGUUAAAAUGGUCCAGUCAAAGCCCUGACCUAAAUCCGUUCAAUAAUUCUUGGCCAUAUCUGAAAAAUUAUGUUCACAGAUGAUCGCCAUCUAAUCUAACUGAUCUUGAUACAGUUUUAAAAGCAAAAUGUUCAAAAAUGUCAAUCUCUGGAUAUAGAGAGCUGUUGGAGACUUGCAGCCCCAAAAAAUCAACUUUUUUUUUCUGUAUUUUUAUUUGAUUUUUCUAAAUGCUGCACAGAUUUUUGUUGGUCUUUUGCAUAAAAUCCUAAUAAAAUACACUGAUAACUUUGGUUAUAUUUGGACAAAAUCUGAGAAAGCUUUUUAAAGCUCUUUUAAUGCAAUUGUAUUGGAAGUGCCUUGAAUUGCAUAAAUUUUUUCACAUAUCCUCCAGAGUUUACACUAUCUAAUCCAUGGAAGAUGGAGCAAGAAUGAUGCGGUGGUUUACACACUAAGCAUCUUUCAUGGCUCAACCUGUAGGUGGAGCUGUUGUUCUGCUGAGCUGUGUGCAGACUCCAGGUCGCUGAGUGUGAUCCCGGUUUGCUCACAGUGAGGGAGAGCAGAAAAGGGUACGGGGUGUGUGUGUGACAUUUAAUCAUGCCUCCGGCACAUGCUGCCUGAUUAGCAUCUCGGUGGAAAACAACAGUCACAGUUGCAAAAGAGCAGAUCUCACACAAUCACGCAAACACCGGGUGAGGCGCAGGUAAUCAGAGCACAUCAGCUCCUGCAGCUCAGAGUGCUACCUUAACAUCCACAGUAACACAGGAACCAAAAAUGUGUGCAGUUUAUACCUAUUUACCUAUUUUUUAUCUUUUUCUUGCCAAAUCUUGGUCAGAUCUUCUGGUUUACCCAUAAAUCUAGGGGUUAUUGUGUAUUUAAACACUAUCUGACGCAACUGAAAAAUGUAUUGGAGAUACAUCAGGAGAGUGAAUUUGACCAGCUUCAAGAAGGUGUUUACAAGAAAAACAACUAUCCUGAAUGAUCUUAAUCUUAUGUUCUGUUAUGUUUAUGGUGCAUUUUUUCCAUAUUGUCACCUUCCUAAAAUAAUGGCCUAAGCUUUUUUUUUUUUUUUUUUUGCCAAAAGGGAUUUUUGUUGACAAAUAGCCUCAUUCGAGGCAAAAACAAAACACUUCUGGCAGUUAGGAAGGUGACAACAUAAAAAACACACAAUCAAUAUAAUUCUGCAUAUUACACAUUUCAUUAUAGUAAUAUUUAUUUGUUCUGAUCCAUGACCUCUGUUUUAUGUUUGUCUUUGUCUAUUUUUGUAGUUUUAUUUUUGAAUUUAUUAAGUGAUCUAUGUAUGUUUUGUAUUUUUAGCUGUUUAUGUUGAAUGUGUGAACCUCAGGAGAAGUAGAUGCAGGGAACUUCAACUAAUGUGGAUCCAAAUAAAAGAAAUAAAGACA